AUGUCCUGUGGUAGUGGAGAAACUGUUGGGCACCUGAUGUAUAACCGCUGUGGACGGGUUCAAGGCUCCACUUCCCAGCUUAGCAGUCUGAAUGGAAAUAGGAAAUCUGCAGCAUUGCUGGAAGUAGGAGGGAACCUACGCAAUAUGCAGUAUUAUUCCGUGGUGCUGGAUCCAGAAACCCUGGUGAAUAAUGGAUCUGGGAUUCUCCGUAACCCUGAGGAAGGCACAAAGGCUGCAGCCUUGACAGAAAGUGAAGUCCAUGGGGCCUGUGCAACAAAGUGUUUCCAUAGCCAUUAUUUAACUAAAACUAGUACGCAGAGAGAUGUCUACAACUUCCUGGAGAGGCCCAGUGGAUGGAAGUGUUUCAUCUAUCAUUUUACUGUAUUUCUCUUGGUGCUGAUUUGUUUAAUAUUCAGUGUACUAUCUACUAUAGAGCAUUACUCUGAAUUUGCCACUGGAACCCUUUUCUGGAUGGAAAUAGUUCUGGUUGUGUUUUUUGGUGCUGAAUAUGUGGUACGAUUGUGGUCUGCAGGCUGCAGGAGUAAGUAUGUUGGCUUCCAGGGAAGAAUACGGUUUGCCAGAAAGCCAAUAUCAAUUAUCGAUCUAAUUGUGGUAGUAGCCUCAAUUAUUGUUCUGAGCAUAGGAUCUAAUGGACAGGUGUUUGCCACCUCUGCAAUAAGGGGGAUCCGGUUUCUCCAGAUACUUCGCAUGCUUCAUGUAGAUCGACAGGGUGGCACCUGGCGACUAUUAGGAUCAGUUGUUUUCCUGCAUCGUCAGGAACUCAUAACCACGUUGUACAUUGGAUUUUUGGGAUUAAUUUUUUCAUCCUAUUUUGUUUAUCUUGCUGAGAAGGAUGCAGUUGAUGAGGAUGGAAAGACAGGUUUCUCCAGCUACGCUGAUGCCCUUUGGUGGGGUGUGGUAACGGUCACAACAAUUGGUUAUGGAGACAAAGUUCCCCAGACAUGGAUUGGGAAGACAGUAGCUUCCUGUUUUUCAGUGUUUGCUAUAUCUUUCUUUGCUCUGCCAGCGGGUAUUCUGGGGUCUGGUUUUGCACUGAAAGUACAGCAGAAGCAACGUCAGAAGCAUUUCAACAGACAAAUCCCAGCUGCAGCUUCCCUAAUUCAGACUCUGUGGAGGUGCUAUGCAGCAGAGAAAUCCUGCAGUUCUACAGCAACAUGGAAGAUCUAUAUUACACCACCGGCACAAAAUCCCCAAAAACCACCAGCGCCAUCUAGCCCUAAUCUGAGAAAACAGGCUAGAAGAUACAAAAGAAAAGGGAAACUAGGCUGUGGUAACGGUUCUGCACCUGUAAUAAACCCAGGAGAGAAUACCUUGUCUAUUCCACAGAUCACUUAUGAUCACACUGAUGAACAAGAAGAAAAAAAAAAAGUGUCUUUCUACAUUGAUGAACCAGGAGUGAAAAGAUGUUUAGAAGGGAAUACCGAAGAAAUGGCACGGGCCAACAGCUUCACUGACAUUGACCUUAUAUCAGAAGAGUUGCCACAGCCAGCUGUAUCCGACGUGGCACAAUUAACUGAAGCACAUCGAACUGCUGUAAAAGUCAUCAGGAGAAUGCAGUAUUUUGUAGCCAGAAGAAAAUUUCAGCAAGCUCGGAAACCUUAUGAUGUACGCGAUGUGAUUGAACAGUACUCACAAGGACACCUUAAUAUGAUGGUUCGGAUAAAAGAACUUCAAAGAAGAUUGGACCACUCCUUGGGAAAGCCAGGCCUUUUCCUCCCAGAAAAAGGUGUAGACAAAGGAUACUAUACUGUAGGAGCCAGACUGAUCCGGCUAGAGGAGAAGGUCAUGCAGAUGGACCAGAAGCUAGAUGACAUCCUGAACACGCUCCAGGCUCAGUUCGGGGAUCAGCCACAGGCACAGAUGUCAGGGCCAGCCACCCCACCUGUCAGACAGCUACAGACAACCUCGGAUUCCCCCGCAGUGAACCGGAAAAUUUGA